AUGGAGAGCAUGCUUCCGAAAUUCAACUUCACGUUGGACGUCAUCCUGGUAACUCAGGAAUAAUUGGGUUGGCAAUCUCCACGUGACAUUGAAACGCCCCCGUCCCCAGAUAGCACUGUUGUAGAUGCAGAGCCAGCCAAGAAUAAGCAAAAAAUGUAUGGUCAUGAUAGCGAGGACAUAUUCGAUUACUCUGCAUCCUCGUCGACACCUAUGCACGCUGGGGACGAUGGCAAUCUUCAUGAUCCUUUGGUUAAGUGCACGUGUCAGUUUGGAGAAAGACUGAACAACAUCGCAAUUCCAAGCACAUGCCGUCAGGAAAUUAGAUUUGAUAUCCGCGACCACAUUCAGGUGUACUUGGGCGGUGGCAAAGCAUUGCCUUUCAGCGAGGCAUCCAAGGAGUAUGUGAACCGAUACUACACAAAGGUUGGGGAGACUCAUCAUUCUUUCCCAUCGGGCUUCCUCCUCAGAAAGGAGGAACUCGACGAGAGAGAAGGUCUGAAGAACAUCACGAUAUUGGAUGGAAAGGAAGAGUGUAUAUUGGAAGACCGUCAGGAACUCUUCGCCUUCCUCCGGAGAGAGGGAAAGGGGAAACACGUGCUGCUGGAUGAAGUUCCCCUCACUCUAGGGAUCCAAGGUCGCCUGGAUGAGAUGAGGCUCUCAGUAUAUUGGAAGACCGUCAGGAACUCUUCGCCUUCCUCCGGAGAGAGGGAAAGGGGAAACACGUGCUGCUGGAUGAAGUUCCCCUCACUCUAG